AUGUGCAGACAAUGUGGGACAUUUGGCCACAAUAGAAGGACUUGUAAAACACCACCAGAGAAUUGGGUUAAUCAUAAGGGUAAGUACUAUAGGAAACAAAAACAAAUGUAUUCUAGUGUGCCACCAGCUGGUAAACCAAAAAAGAGUGGAACAGGAAGUGGAAGUGAGACUGUUGUUGACAAGGGCAAUGGAAGAGGAAGUGUGACAGCUAUUGGCAGAGGAAGAGGUAAAGGAAUUGGGACUGAUACAAGUGGAAAUGUGGUAGCUGCUGGUAGAGGAAGAGGAAGGGGUAAAGGAAUUGGGUCUGAUGCAAGUGGAAGUGUGGCAGCUGUUGGCAAAGGAAGGGGCAGAGGAAUUGGGCCUGUUGCAUCUACUGCAAGUGAAAAUGUGGGAGCUGCUAAAAGAAAGGCAGUUAACCAACUACAACAGAAGCAGGCUUCUAAGAGAUUUAGAAAUGUUGGUGAAGGUUGGUAUUCCAGUCAACAAUCCACUAAUCUAUCUCGUAUUUCCUCUCAAGCCUCAAAUGAUCCUACAAAGUGA